AUGAGAAAAUGGGAUGCUGAUGCAAGAUUAAAGAGUUAUGUGAAUUAAAUUUUAAAUGUUAAAUCAACAUUAACAAAUAACUAAAAAACUACAUCAAAAAGUAAUCAAUCUCUAUUAUUUUGAAUUAGAAAAAAUUAAUAGAGAUACUGAAUAUAGUAGCAAUGUAACGAAUAGUUCAGAUUUAACAGGCAUUAAAGAUAGCAUUCUUUAUAAGUAAUUUGAAUAUAAUGAUAAUAGAUAAUUAGUCGAGUACAAUUUAUAAUAAUAUGCAAAUAAGCUAUUAUUAAGAGGAUAUAAGAGUGGUUUGCAAUAAUUAGCAUAACAAUCUCAAGAAUAAUAAAACUUAUUGUUAUAAGAAAUAAAGUUAUUACCUGGACAUAAACAUAAAUUUUUAGAUUUAUUUAAACAAUUAAAUGAACAUAUAGGAACUUACAACGACAAUACUUCUUAGCCAAUAAAUCAUAAUAAAUAUGUUUAAAAUCGAAAUACUUUACCUGGAUAAUUUAAUUCACAUGGAAAAUUUGAAUAAACAAAAGAUGUAUACAUGCAAAUUCUAAAGCCAAUAAAUAGAAAAGCAUCAAUGAGACAUUUUUCACCUUCUUAAGAAANCAUAUUAUAAAAAAUAAUAAUUUAUAAAUGA